AUGGGACCUUUAGAGAAACUACUCUACCUUUUUUCCUUAGUCCUAUUUGUUACACUCUUUUCUUCAACCAUUAAUGUUGCUUCUGCUUCUACUGAAGAAGCCAAUCCUCUCCUCACAUGCAAAGCCAACCUGCAAAGUGCAAAUGAUUCCCUGCUAACUUCAUGGAUCCUUCCACCCCAUGAUAGUGGCUCAACAAAUGCCAGUCCCUGCAAUUGGUUUGGAGUUUCUUGCAACCUUGAUGGAAGUGUCAUUAGAUUGAACCUCACAAAUUCAAGUUUCUCAGGAAACAUCCCACCAGAAAUCGGCCUACUAACAAAUCUUGAAACUCUCCACUUGUUCGACAAUCAGUUGAAUGGCUCAAUUCCUCAAAAGAUAGGCCAGUUAAAGUCUCUAAUUGAGUUUUCUUUGUACACCAAGAGUCUUUAUGGUCCCAUGCCUACUUUAACCAAUUUGAGAAACUUGACUCGUCUAUAUCUCUAUGGAAAUGAUCUUUCUGGUUCCAUUCCUCCCGAAAUGGGAAACCUAGUCAAUCUUGUUGAGCUCUACGUGGAUGGCAACAAUCUCACAGGUUCUAUUCCUUCCACAUUGGGAAACUUGAAUAACCUAACUGUGUUGCACUUGUUCAACAAUUCCCUAUCCGGUUCCAUUCCCCAAGAGAUAGGACAAUUGAAAUCACUAUAG